CAGCAAACACAGCGAGGAGGCUCGAGCAGCAGGCUGGAGGGUCUCAAGACGUGCAGCAGACAGUGUCGUUAGAACGAAGCUGCACCCCCUCCACCUGGCCCUCCCCCUGGACACCACAGGACUACACCCAUCCGGAGGCCCUCCUCCCCCCUGAGGAACCAUGGACAGUCUAGAGGAGGACCUGUCCUGCUCUGUGUGCUACGGGCUGUUUUCUGACCCGCGCGUCCUGCCCUGCUCACACACCUUCUGCAGAUCCUGCCUGGACAACGUCCUCCAGCUCUCCUCCAACAUCUCCAUCUGGCGCCCGCUGCGCCUGCCGCUCAAGUGCCCCAACUGCCGAAGCGUGGUGGAGCUUCCGCCCAGCGGCGUGGACGCCCUGCCCGCCAACGUGUCUCUGCGCGCCAUCAUAGAGAAGUUCCAGAAGGACCACCACCAGCCCAGGGCUCCCUGCUGUGCGGACCACCCCGGCCAGCCCCUGAACGUGUACUGUGUGCAGGACCGGAGGCUGGUGUGUGGGCUGUGUCUGACCGUGGGGAAGCACCAGGGCCAUGCCAUCGAUGACCUGCAGGCUGCCUUCAUCCGGGAGAGACAAGCCCCGGCCGGCCUGCUGGCCAGGCUGGCUGACCAGCGCUGGGCACAGGUGUGUGAGCUGGGGGACCAGCUGCAGAAGGAGAAGCAGGACUGUGAGGCCAUGGUGAGGCAGGAUGGCCAGGUGGUGGAGCAGUUCUUCCAGGGGCUGGAACUCAUCCUGGCCCAGAAGAGAGAGGCCUUCCUGGGAGCCCUGGACAGCGCCAGCCUGGAGAUCUCCUUGACCUUCGACCCCCUCAUCCACAGGCUGAAGGAGAUGCAGGAGGAGCAUCUGGACCUGGUGUCUCAGGGCUCCAGGCUGCAGCAGGAGGAGUCGCCCCUGUCCUUUCUGCAGAAGGUGCACAACUUCAGGGAGAGGGUCGAGGCCCUGCUCAUCUCCCCCCUGCCCUCCGCCACCCCCCUCUCCAUCGCCCCCCGCGCUGCAGACUUCCUGCCCCAGCACUGGGCGACUGUGACGGUGGGAGAUCUAGAGGGGGGGCCGGUUCCCCAGGUGUCCUGCUGCACCCCCCCCGAGGCCCCGGAGCUAGGCUCGGGGGCGGAGGCCAGCUGUCCCUCCCAGGGUCGGGUGUGUGAGAUCAGGGAGCGUCUCCAGCCUCGUCUGGCCCCCCUGGUCCUGCUGGUCCUGCUGGUCCUGCUGGGGGCCGUGUGGGGGGACCUGGGGGCUCUGGCCUCCUCCCUGCUCUCCCUGCUGAACCACACGGCCCAGAGGCUGGGCUGGGGGCUGGGAGGCUGGGGCUGGGGGCUGGGAGAGGUGGUGGGGAUGUGGGGUGAGGCCCUCUCCACCCUGGGGAAGAACAGCUACCAGCAACUCACUUCCUUCUACAAGAACCUCACCUGAACCUUGACCUGACUAAUGACCCCCCAACCUUGAUAUAAACAGUUGUAGCUCAACCCCUGCUGAUUCUAACCUCCUGUCUAGGAACAUUUCCAUUUAGUCAUUUAGCAGACACUCUUAUCCAGUGUGACUUACAGUAAGUACAGGGACAUUCCCCCGAGGCAAGUAGGGUGAAGUGCCUUGCCCAAGGACACAACGUCAUUUUGCACGGCCGGGAAUCGAACCAGCAACCUUCUGAUUAAAAGCCUGAUUCCCUAAACACUCAGGUACCCUGACACCCUGUGUUGUUCAGGGGUAGGAACGGGGUUAUGAAAUCACAUGCAAGCAAAUGAAACAACUAGGGGUGCGAACCUUUUGGUACAUAACGAUUAGAUUCUUGGGGUCACAAAUCGAUAAAAAAUAAAUUUGCGAUUCUUAAUCAAAACAUAAAUAAAAUAAAAAAAUGUUUUAUAAUAAUAAAUAACAUUGCAAAAAAAUGUGAAUGGAUUUUCCCCCCACCCCUAAUAACAACUGUUCUCUAUUUAGAGCAGAGCUGCAACCAGCAGCAGAAGUAUAAAGCUGUUAUAGGUCAAUAUAAAGUAUAAAGGUCUGUCCUGCAGUAGGCCAUGGCAGAUGUUAUGUAAAAAAAAAAUCAUAAUUCAACACAUUAUAGUCAGUUAAUUAACACUUUUAUCCAAAGUGAUUUGAGGGCAGGAUUUGAACUCGGAACCUCUUGAUCUUCAGUCACAUGCUCUACCCACCGAGCUGUACCUGUCCCCUAUACGUGCCUCUUUACUACACCCUUCUUGCCGACCAACCUGAAGAGACAGGGUUGUACCCAGCACUGGUUUGCACUGAGCAGCAUCCUAGUGUAGUCCAAUUUCCAGGGGCGUCGCUCGUCCUUGUGGGAAAUGUAGUUUGCGUGUAAUCUGAUGUCAGUGGGCUCUCUGCUGGGGUUGUUACGGUUCCAGCUGUGCCUCACACACCCUGUGUCCCAGCUGUUCCUCACACACCCUGUGUCCCAGCUGUGCCUCACACACCCUGUGUCCCAGCUGUGCCUCACACACCCUGUGUCCCAGCUGUGCCUCACACACCGUGUCCCAGCUGUGCCUCACACACCCUGUGUCCCAGCUGUGCCUCACACACCCUGUGUCCCAGCUGUGCCUCACACCCUGUGUGUCCCGUCACCCAACCUGGACUAAUGAUACUGAACACUUAACAGCCAAUAUGCCUUAACACUGAAACGGUCUUCUUAUUGAAACACAUACCAAUCAUUCAAACUUUAAUUGUGUCAUUUGUUCAUGUUUCAUAAUACGCUUCUGUAUCCAGAUGUACAGGAAAAUGUGAACCGGCAACCUCUCGAUUAGCAGUCUAUUGGCUAACCCUAGACUAUUGCUAAUAAGAAUGCUAUUUUUGAAAUAUUUUCAAAAAAAUCUUCUUGCGAACUCCGAUAGCCCUGAGUGUCGAAACAUGCAACACUAACAAUAAAUGUUUUUGUCUGAA